UCUUGUACCUCACACUCCCCUUGUAUUCUUAUAAGCCUAGCCAGUAUUAUAGUGAACAGAACUUCGGCAAUCCCCUGAGAGAUCUACCAACAUGUGGAAUCCAAACCAAGGAACACCAUAUGGGCAGCCUGGAUAUCCAGCCCCUGGAUAUCCAGCCCCUGGAUAUCCAGCCCCCGGCUGUCCUCCCCAACAAGGGCCUUAUCCAGGUCAAUAUCCUGCUGGUGUAAAUCCGGGAUACCCUGGACCUGCUCAGCCUCUUCCACCUGGUGGAUAUCCCGGAGGGUAUGCUCCUCCUCCAUGUCAACCAGGACAAUAUGGGCAUGGAGCCCCUGGGUGCCCUCCUCAGUACCCUACAGGAUAUCCAGGCGGUUGUAACCCACAGGGAGGGCAUCAUCAUGAUAAGCACAAAAAGCAUAAGCAACAUGGACACGGACACGGACAUGGUCAUCAUGGGCAUGGGCAUGGAAAGCAUGGGUCUAGCAGCAGUUCAGACUCAGACUGAAAGGCAACAAGAUUGGAUCCUUAUUUGAAACUAGAUCUGCUGUUUUUUAAUAUUGAUUUAGUGCUCAAACUAAGGAAAACAUUUAAUUCAAUGUAUUCAUGUAUAGAAAACAAUAUGUACAUGUUUCAGAAUGAGUAUAUUUUUUGUGUAUGCUGCUGUGAGAUAAUAAAAACAUGAAUCUGUGUGUCUCACAUGGAUAUUGCUGUAAACCUCAAUACUCAUUUGACAUGUUGCUUUACCUGCCACCUCUGCUGAUGGACAACCUACAUGCAAUAUUCCAAUAAACCUAUCCCAGUA